AUGGAAGAUAGUAACUUGAAAAAGGAGUUCUCAAAUGAAGAUAUGUUUGAAUGUUAUGUUUUGCUGACUAAGGAUAAGAGAAUCAUAAGUCGGACAGUAUGCCGUAAGGCCCAUAACCUUCCCAAUGAAAUACCUCGAAUUUGGGACAUAUCUUCUUUUGUUCGGCGAGAAAAAAUUAAUUUUCUCUCUGGAUUACCUUGUCUUCUCCUAUGCCCGGGUUUUGAAAAUUCGCAUCAGGAAAGAGAGUGGGGUCUCUUCUUGAAUUUCUUGCGGAAGUACAAUAAGGUUGCUAUCUCAAAGCUUGGAUUCUAUGAAAUCUACAUUCUUCCUCCAGAUGAAAACUCAGAGUUUGACGCUGGAGCUGUUCUGUACAAGAUGGAGAAAAAGCUUAAUGGGUAUUCUAGUCAAAGGCAUGUUGGAUUGGAUAUUAAUGCUGCUGAAAUUGCAUCACUGCCUAGAUGUAUGGAUUUCAAUGAUGCGGCAUGUAGGCCUAUUCAUCCAAGAAUUCAAUCAAAGAAAAAUAGUGUCCAAGUUAUGCAGCCACGUCCUAUUGGUGAAGAUCACUCUCCAAAUUUGAUGGUGAAAGAUAGCAGCAGACCAGGAAAUUCUGUGGGAUGUGUUGCUGAGCUUGUUGACAAUUCAAGAGAUGCCAAAGCAACCAAACUGGAAAUCAGUAUCGGUAUGCUAUAUUCAAAAACUGCUGGUAAAGAUAUUCCCAUGUUGUCAAUAAUAGAUGAUGGCCAUGGUAUGAGCCAUCAAGAUAUUGUGAGAAUGAUAUCAUUUGGGCACGUGCAGCCUGAAGCUGAUGAUCCGGACCAUAUAGGAAGAUUUGGGAUUGGAUUUAAGACGGGUGCUAUGCGGCUUGGAAAAGAUGCUUUGGUUCUUACCCAAACUGCAAAUUCCAGAUCAAUUGCAUUUCUUUCCCAGUCACUAAAUGAAGGAAAAGACAAUUUGGAGAUCCCUGUUGUAAGCUACCGCAGAAUUGGGCAGUUUAUGGAAGUAGAUACGAGUGUCCAGAACGAGGCUUUUGCAAAAUACAAUUUGAAAAUCAUCAAGGAAUUUUCUCCAUUUGAUAAGUACCUUAUUGGUGAAAAAGCAGGCCUGUUCAGUGGAAAUAGCACUGGCACACAAAUAUUUAUAUGGAAUUUAGAUGUAUGGGGAUCAAAUUAUAGCCUGCAAUGGGAAGCGGGGAUGAGUGGAGGGAGUUCCUUCCAUCAAGGUGACAUAUUCAUUCGUUCCAGGAGGACAAGAUCUCGUCCAGGCCAAAUAUCUCAAAAGGUGCCUUUGGAUUAUUCUCUUAGAUCGUACUUGGAGGUCAUCUUCUUAGAUCCACGUAUGAAGAUAUAUGUACAAGGAGCUCGGGUAAAAUGUCGACCCCUGGCAAAAUCUCUAAACAACACUAUCAUUGAAAAUGGCAUUGUCAUGGGAAGACCAGUUCAACUUACUCUUGGCCGUUCUCAAUUAGAAUGGGAGCAAGCAAAUUGUGGAAUGUUUCUAUAUUGGCAUGGGCGUUUAAUUGAGGCUUACAAGAGAGUUGGAAGUAUGGUUCAUAAUGGAGAUAAUGGUCGUGGCAUCAUUGGCGUUGUUGAUGUUACUGAUUUAAUCGAUGAUGGUAAAGGUCUUGUCUGGGUGCAUAACAGUAAGCAAGGGUUCCAGGAUUGUGAAGCCUAUGCUGAAUUGGAGAAGUGGCUUGGUGAAAGAGCAGAUGAAUACCUGGACAAAUAUGUAGAUACAAUUCAACUGAAAAAAGGUAAUGCCCUAUACAAACCCGACCACGAGUGGGUGCAGUGUGACAAAUGCAGAAAAUGGAGGAUGUUGAGUCCUGACUUUGAUAGCAAGACUUUACCAUUAGAAUGGUUCUGUUAUAUGAAGCCUUUUGGUGGAAGGUGUGAAAUGCCUGAACGAGAGGUUGAACGUGGAGUCAUCACAAUAGCUUCCAAGCGUUCUGGACACAACUGCACUAUUGAUACAAAGGAGCUUACAUGUGAACUUCCUCAAAAACCUACAGGGAAAUCAGAAGGUGGUGGUGACAAGGGGUCAAGUUCUAGUGAAGAGGAUGAUGACAUUCAGUUUUUUUCCAAGAAGCGUAGGUUAUGUCCACCAAGGAGUUGUAAGAAGUGUUAA